GCGCGGGGCCCCGGGCGGCCCCGGGGGGAGAGGAUUGCUGCUGCCGCCGCCUGCCCUUCCACACUGCAUUUUUAAUGGAAACAUGGCGAUCUCGGCUCAGACCUGCAGCGCAUCUUCCGUGGUCCCGGCUCUGUGCGGCCACAUCGUCCUGCUCCUCGUCCUCUCCGCCCCCGCCGCGGACUGCUACAGCUUCCCCCAGCAGUACACGAUGCAGUAUUGGGCUAGAAGGCUGGAGCAGGAGAUUGAUGGAGUGAUGAGAAUAUUUGGUGGUGUCCAGCAGCUCCGAGGGAUCUACAAUGAGAACAGGAACCUCUUUGAAGUCAAGGAGAACGUCCCCAGGAAGCUAGUGGAGAAAGUGGCGGGAGAUAUUGAAAGCCUGCUGGCAAAGAAAGUUCGUGCUUUAAAGAAUCUCGCUGAUGCAGCUGAGAGGUUCCAGAAAGCCCACCGCUGGCAAGACAACAUCAAGGAGGAGGAUAUUGAAUACUACGACUCCAAGGCAGACACCGAAUAUGAUGACCCUGAGGUUGAUGGAGAAUAUGAAAAGGAGAAGUCCAACUCCCUGAAGCUGGAGUUUACAGAAGAUCCAAACUUUAAAACCAAGGUUAACUAUUCAUAUGCUGCUGUACAGAUACCUACGGACAUCUACAAAGGCUCCUAUCGCUCUGUGCAGUGUUUGGAACGUGCCUCUGCUCUGCACAUCACUUGCACGAGUCCACCAGCAACAACCCCAGAAUUCCCUGUCCCUGCCUCCCUGCCCCCUUGGCAUCCCCCUUCUGCUCUCUGCUGUCUGCAAGCAAAUACAAACCCAGGAGAGACAACUACCGUGAUCCUCAAUGAGCUGAACUGGACCCAGGCCCUGGAGGAUGUGUUCAUUGAAAACCGGAAGAAAGAUCCAUCUCUGCUGUGGCAGGUCUUUGGCAGUGCCACGGGCGUGACCCGCUAUUACCCAGCCACCCCAUGGAGAGCACCUAAUAAGAUCGACCUGUAUGAUGUCCGCAGGAGGCCUUGGUACAUCCAAGGGGCUUCCUCUCCAAAGGACAUGGUGAUCAUUGUGGAUGUGAGUGGCAGUGUCAGUGGUCUGACCCUGAAGCUGAUGAAGACAUCGGUCUAUGAAAUGCUGGACACCCUUUCCGAUGAUGACUACGUCAAUGUUGCUUCAUUUAAUGAGAAGGCAAAGCCUGUGUCUUGUUUCAAGCACCUGGUCCAGGCCAACAUCCGCAAUAAGAAGGUCUUUAAGGAGGACGUGCAGGUGAUGACGGCCAAGGGGACAACUGACUACAAGGCUGGCUUUGAGUAUGCCUUUGACCAGCUGCAAAAUUCCAACAUCACCCGAGCCAACUGCAACAAGAUGAUCAUGAUGUUCACGGAUGGUGGAGAAGACCGAGUCCAAGAUGUGUUUGAGAAGUACAACUGGCCCAAUAAAACGGUGCGUGUCUUCACCUUCUCUGUGGGUCAGCACAACUACGAUGUGACCCCCCUGCAGUGGAUGGCUUGUGCCAACAAAGGUUACUACUUUGAAAUUCCCUCGAUCGGGGCCAUCCGAAUCAACACCCAGGAGUAUCUGGAUGUGCUGGGGAGACCCAUGGUCCUGGCAGGAAAUAAGGCCAAGCAGGUUCAAUGGACCAAUGUUUAUCAGGAUGCUCUGGGGCUGGGUUUGGUGGUGACUGGCACUCUGCCAGUAUUCAACCUCACAGAGGACAGCAGCAGCAACAGAAAGAACCAGCUUAUCCUGGGCGUGAUGGGAAUCGAUGUGGCUCUGAAUGACAUCAAGAAGCUGACGCCACGUUACAAUUUAGGGGCAAAUGGCUAUGUCUUUGCCAUCGACUUGAAUGGAUAUGUCCUGCUGCACCCCAACCUGCAACCCCAGAUUAUCAAUUUCCGAGAACCGGUAACACUGGAUUUUCUGGAUGCUGAGCUGGAGGAUGAGUACAAGGAGGAGAUCCGGAGAAGUAUGAUUGAUGGAAAUGAGGGGCAAAGAUUCAUCAAAACCGUAAUCAAAUCCCUGGAUGAGAGAUACAUUGAUGAAGUAUUCAGGACCUAUACCUGGGCCCCUAUCAAAAGCACUAAUUACAGCCUGGGGCUGGUUUUGCCACCCUACAGUAUCUACUACAUCCAAGCAAACCUCAGUGACCAGAUUCUCCAGGUGAAGUUACCAAACAUCAAAAUGAAGGAUUUUGAAUUCCUGCUGCCAAACAGCUUUGAGUCCGAGGGACGUGUAUUCAUUGCUCCCAGAGAAUAUUGCAAAGACCUUGACCAGUCGGAUAACAACACAGAAUUCCUGGAAAACUUUAUCGCCCUGAUGGAAAAGGUGACCCCAGACUCCAAACAAUGUGACAACUUCCUCCUUCACAACCUGAUCCUGGACACAGGAAUCACCCAGCAGCUGGUGGAGAGGGUUUGGAAAGACCAGGACCUGAACACGUACAGUCUCUUGGCUGUGUUUGCAGCCACUGAUGGGGGCAUCACACGAGUUUUCCCAAACAAGGCUGCAGAUUACUGGGAAGAGGCCCAUGAACCUUUUAAUGCCAGCUUUUAUCGAAGGAGCCUGGACAACAAGGGGUACAUCUUCAAACCACCCAAUCGAGACUCCAACUAUAAAGGCUUUGAUUUAGAAAACAACACCAUUGGGAUCCUGGUCAGCACGGCUGUGGAGCUCAGCAUUGGUGGAAGGACCCUGAAGCCAGCAGUGGUUGGAGUGAAGCUUGAUCUGGAGGCUUGGGCGGAAAAGUUUAAAGUCCUUGCAAGUAAUCGAACAGAUCGAGACCAGCUGGGAACGCGCAGGUGUGACCCCUCAGUAAGCUGUGAAAUGGAUUGUGAGGCCAACAACAAGGACCUUAUCUGUGUUCUCAUUGAUGAUGGCGGCUUCCUGGUACUCUCCAACCAGGAAGAUCACUGGUACCAGGUGGGAAAGUUUUUCAGUGAGGUGGAUGCUAAUUUGAUGUCUGCCCUCUACAACAACUCCUUUUUCACACGGAAAGAAUCCUAUGACUUCCAGUCUGUGUGUGUCCCAGAAGCACAGAGCAACACAGGAGCUGCCCCCAGGGGCGUGUUUGUGCCCACUGUGGCAGAUUUCCUGAACCUGGCUUGGUGGACUUCAGCCGCUGCUUGGUCUUUGUUCCAGCAGUUCUUGUAUGGACUCACCUACAGCAGUUGGUUUCAAACAGAGGAUGUUACAGCAGACAGCAUGGAAUCCAGAGAGACCAGCUGCAUCACCAAGCAGACCCAGUACUAUUUCAGUACCGUCAAUGCCACCUAUAAUGCCAUCAUUGAUUGUGGAAACUGCUCCAGGCUAUUCCAUGCACAGAGGCUUGCCAACACCAACCUGCUGUUUGUUGUAGCAGAUAAGCCCAUAUGUAGCCAGUGCGAGUCUGUCAAGCUUCUCCAGGCAGAGAUGCGAGCUCCACCGAGAGAUCCAAAUCAAUGUGAGCUGGUAGACAAGCCCCGGUAUCGGAAAGGACCCCACAUCUGCUUUGACUACAAUGCAACAGAAGAUACCUCAGACUGUGGCAGAGGGGCAUCCUUCAGACCCUCCCUUGGUGUUUUGCUGUCUCUGCAGCUGCUCCUCCUCUACUUGACUGCCAGCCUCUACCCACUGCCCUUGGCAUCUUGCCUUUAAAGCAUCCAUUGGGUCCAAUCCAUCCAUUUUUUCUUUUAUUUAAAUCUCCAUUUCCAUCUCCUCCAGGCGUGUUGGAAAAAGGCAACUUCUUCUCGUCCCAUUUGCUCUGGUUACAUCUUGGCAAUCGCUCAUGAGGACGUCCUCUUCCUCUGCUUGGGAGCCUGGAAUAUCUUUUCUGUUUGUUUCUCUCCAACCUUGCCUGUCUAGUGCCUCUGCGCAGCAGGCUGGCAAACACUGAGCUCUGAUAAAGACUUGGGGAAGGACGAGGCACCUUGAGGCUUCUGUUCUUCUUCAGACAGUGAGCAUCCUUGAGCUCUGCCUCACUGACUCCCACCCUCUCCCUCCCAUUGAGCUGUUGGCCAGAUAUGAAGAACAGUGGCCUCAUUUUCUGUUUGUUUUAUUUUUUCCCAUGGAACCUGUGGAAUUCUGGGAGAGUUUUUGUAGUUUCCAUUGACAGAUGUCUCGUCAUCUUGCUAUCUUAAAAGUAUUUAACCAACAACAAUGACAAAUUAAUAUUGUGUUUGAGGUAAUUUACCUUCCCACCUCACCCAUCCAAACACAAACAAAAGCGUAGAAGAGAAAAAAUAUUGUGUUUUCUUGCCAAAUCAAGAUUAUAGUCUAGUUAACUUCUCAGCCAAUUGCAAUGGCUUUUUGAACGCAAAACAGUCAGACAUCAUAGUUUUAUGAUGUCCUCAUUUGCUUCUCCAUUCCAUCAACUUGCUAGGUGCUUUCCAAUGCCAUUGCUUCCAAGUCUUGUAUUAUUUAUAUCCAUCAGUCUGAUCUUUUAUUAUUUUUAGCCUGAGGAUUUUAAAUCAGAUCUUUCUACAUCUAGUUUCCAACAUUUUAGCCUGAAAAAUUACAGUAUUUAUUGUCAACAAGGAAACAAAAAGAAAAGAAAAAAAAAGAACUUAAAUUGAAUUUCAUGGUCAGUAUUAUUUAUUUAAAUCAAUAAUUCUAUUGUGGGGAGUUGGGGGGAAAGGGGUCCAUGGACCCUCAGCAGCCAUUGAUGUGUAUCAUUAUAGGUGUUCAUGUGUGCUUGGAAGGAAAUAUGGCUUUUACAAACUAGUUGUAAUGGAUAGCAGUUCCCAGUAUCUCUAAUAGACCCUGAGCCUGAUCCAGAGCAAACUGAAGUCAAUGGAAGGAUUCCCAUCAACUUCAAUGGGUACUGGAUCACACCUUCAAUUCCUGCUCUGAGAUCAGUUGCUCACCUCAACCAUUCAUUGGGCACAAAAAUGUCUUAGGUGAAAAAAAGAAGGAACAGAUUUUCUUUUCUAGUCUUAAGAUCACUGUGAACAACAUUCCCUCUCAGCCUCCGGCUGUAUCUGCCCACCCAAUGGACAUCCCCUUGGCCAAUAGGCCACACCCACCACAGAUAAAAAGAACUUUUUCCUGGCUCAUGAUGUCCCCUCCGUCUCUAGAAGCACCCUUUUACCUCUACCCUGGUCUGGCAACAUCUGUCCCUGCAAAGACAUGGAAGGGUGUGCUGGCCAAAACUAUGCCUCCAGCCUUGUCUCCUGCUCCCAGCCUGGGUCCUGGUCCCUGGUUCUUGCCUCCUGGCUCUUACCUUUCCUGGCUCAGGGCAGAUGUUCUCUAUCUGCCUCUUAAUUCUCUUUGGGGAGGGCAGUUCCCACACCUUUGAUUAGGAGGUCUUGAUUGUGCAAAAGCACCUAGGAAUGAAGAGGAUACAGCCAGACCUUUUGGAAACCUCAGGACCUGGUUUAAGGGUGUUGGGCACCCACUACAGCAGUUGACAUGAACAGGGUUGAGUACAUCUCAGAUUCACCCGGAUGUCACCCCAUUAGUUCAGAAGAGAUAUACUAGGGAUGAAUCUAGCCAUAUACCAGUCCAGAAUGACUGGUGCCCAGUGCAGCACUAGAAGGUCUCUGAAGUGAGUGGACCAGGCAGGGCUCCUCUUGAUUUCAUAUCCAAGGGACAAGUUUGGUCUGUUGUGCCACUGGCCAGUGUGAGCUGCUGACCAUGGCUGCUUUGGGCAAUGGGUUGAAGACCUGGGACAAGAAAGCGCUGGGUUAGACAUGCAGAAGGUCACAUCCAGCCCCAGAAGUGGAGUUGAGGACAUUGUUAUACUGGUUCUAGUUCAAGCACUGCCAGGCAGUGCAAUGUGAUUCCCUGAGAGCAUUGUUGAGUGGAUCUUUGGCACAUUUGCUUGGUAUCCUUUUAAUUUCCCUUUGUAUUGGGAGUGGGAUGGGGCAUGUUUCACCCUUCUUGCAUCUCUACAACCAGCCCUACCUUAUCUGACAUUUCCUUAUGGUCACAUCCUCUCACCAUUGUGAACUCCCCAUUCAGACCCACUGUGGUCUCUGCAACUUUGGGCUGAGGAACUUGAUACUUUCCCUUCCUCUGCCCCCACUUCUAAAUUCAUCAGCUCAGAGUGGGGUAAGGACCACCAGCCAUAGGCAGGAGCUGUUGGUAUGAGGUGGAAGGUUUCUGUGGGUGACCUGCCUGUGUAACGCAUCUGGUCUGAAGCAGAUAGCAGAAGCAUCAGCCUGUGCAGGGCAGGGCAGAAGGAGUUGAUGGGGGACAGCAAUGAUAUCAGACCAGGGCAAGGCAGAAAAAUGGGGAGGGGCACCCAGCAGGCACAAUGGGAGGUGGGUGUUGGGGCCUUAGGUGCAUCCUACCUUGGUCUUGUCAUUUUAGAACCAUGAGAUGUUUGCCCCGGGCCUUUCCAGCUGAAUCACCCAGCUGGAAAGGAACCAAUGGACCUGCAUGCUGACAAGGUGGGUUAACACAGUGAAACAAGUCCCUAGAGCCUCAUCUGGGAGGCUGAGGUUGGAAGGGAGGGACCAGCAAAGGUUUCAGGGAAAAUCACACCCCACCCCACCUCCCUGCUGCUGGUUCCCACCAUGAGCUGCUGAGGAGGAGGUGAGGUUUCACUGUGCACCUAGGUUGGCAAAGAGGUGGCCUGUAGACAGUAGCAGAAGACCAGAAAGGUGGUGCCAGUAGCGUGUGCUCAGCUGGAGUAGGAGGACCUUGGCAGCAGCAGCGUUUAGGGAACAGGGUGUGGUUGUGGGGAGGUCUGGGUGGUGGGUACAUUGCUCCAUAAGUGUCCCUGCCCCAUGAUUCUCCAUGAUCCUGUACACAUCAUUCCUAGCCCUUAACAUCCCACAAAGUUCAUCUGGCCAGUAUAGGGAGGGCCAAACUGAAUUCCGAAAUGGUGUCCUAGUCCAGGGGGUUUCUGUGCUGGCUUGAAGCACAGCACAGAUCCAUCUGUACUGGCCAGCCUGGCCAUGUCCACCACUUGGCUGGAGGCACAUUUAGCACAUGGCUGCAUCUAGAAAGUGACUUCUGUUAGGACAGUGCAGAAGGCUGCAAUGUAGAUGUCUUGGCAACGCUAGAGUAGAAGGGCCCGGUCUGGUUCUGCAGCCCCUCCUUUCUUCCUAUGUAUCCAGAAUGCACUAAAAUAUGAAAUUGGCUGACUUCAAGUUGUACGAGAUCAGCCCCUUGGAUGUGACCCAUUAACAUCGUGGCACUAGGGCUGUAUGUCCAGUCAGAGAGCUUCCUGGGUGCCAGCUGCAGUGCACAGUCCUUCCUAUGCUUGCACCCAGCCAUGCACAAAUGUUCACCUCCAAAAGGACUCACCACCUCCCAUUUACACAUGCAUACACACAUGCCAUCUUGCAAAAACAGACUCCUCUGCAUGAUUGCACACAAACCACACGUGCUUUCACGUGUAUACACACAAAUGGGUAUGCACAAGUAUAUUCUUGCACACAGAGGCAUCUCUGCUCUGAAUGCACAUGUGGACACCCCCUUCCUUAUACCUUCUACCACACAGGUUACCAUAUCUGAGCUUCACAAGCCCCAGAUGGCCCUUUGAAGCAGUGCUUCUGCUGUCACUCAUUCAGGAGCCUGUCUGGGCCAUCUAGCCCUACUCCAGCUUGAUGUACAGCAAGGUCAGAGCCAGAAAGAUUGGAGAAGUGUGAGAGCACACAGUGCUAAGCGUUAUUUUUCCCCUUGUGCCCACCUGGCACAUACUGGAUCUUGCACUAGUUGUACCUGGAGAAAGUCUUACCAGAUCUCACCAUUGCUGUGAUGGCACCAUCCCCUCUGCUCCCAGGCUGUGCACCAGGCAAGAGAACAGGGCUCUCCUAGCUUGAGAGAACUUCCAAGAGGCCUCCUUGUGUUGCUGCAGCUCCUGUGCUGCUGUCGGGGGAUGGAGGGGCAUUGCAACAGACAGCAUAGAUGAAUGGCUUGCACAAAACCUUAUCUCAGAGCAGAUCUAGUAGAGCCUCGCCAUCACUGCCUCUAAAGGAGUGACAAUUGGGUGAGACAUCCCUGAGAAGCCGUCUAUUACCAAAGCCCCAGAGAGUGUAUUUCAUGAGAAUGCAGAAUCUGUACUCCAGGAUUUCCCCAUAACUCCCCUGAGUGAAAACAACAGGUGUUAAUGUGUAUUAGUUCAAAUAGUUGGCCCUGUCCAGAGGUAAUCCUAUCUCUAACAGACCUGGCAUUGAACUUCCUGCACAGGGACAACCUAGAGAUCAUCCAAGGCAGAAUUCUGGCACCGUUUUUCCCGUCACCACUGAUUCUAGCACUUCCCUUGGUCUCCUGGGGAUAGAGGAACACUUUCCCACUGCCUACCAAGUUCCCCAUUUUUCUCCUUUUUUCUCCUACCUCAGACAGAGCUGCAGGGUAGACAUGCUGAUAGGGUCUUAGAAAUUAGAGAUGGAAAAAACCUGUGGGCUGAAGCCCAGUGGUGCUUAAGAUGAAGCCCAGUGACCAUCAUUAGGGUCCUGCCUAGGGUGCUGUAGAAAGGUUUUUGAGAUCGGGGGUAGUGCACAAUUUCUUUGCCAUGAAGUGGCUAGGAGCCAUUGUAGUAAUAACCGUUUAGCUAAUGUGGCACCAUCACUUUGUAUUGCACUUCAGAGUGAAUCUAGGUCCUGGCCACAGAGCUCAGACCAAGAUGGUGGAGCAAGGACAUGUUUAGGAGCAAGAACAUCAAGAGAUAAAUCUCUAAUGAUCACAUACGUUGCAUUAACUAGCUGCGGCAGCUGAGUGGUAGACACUGAGUUGUCUGCAGGCACAGCCCGAGCUAGUACAGGAGUGGUGAGCCCAGGGGAAAGGCAGGUGCUAAGAACAAGACAGGCAAACUGCACUAAGCCAGGAUUUGAAGGUGUUGGUAUACAUAAGGAGGGUCAUCGUGCUGGACAUAGGACCACUGAAGUGAGUGGAAAGGCUCCUGGCCAGGAUGAGAAGAUCAGGCCGGGCAGCUGGGUGAGAUGCUGUUAAAAGACAGCAUACAGGGAAGCGAGGGAGCUAAGAUGUGGGCUACUGGGAAGAGAGAAGUGGGUGAGAUGUCUUGUGGAAUGAUGGGAGAAGAUGGCUGGAGUGGGAGCAUUUAAGGGGAGAAGAAAAGAUUUGCACUUGUUAUAGAAAAACUGGGAGACAGCAUGGGAGUAGAACACGUGCAGCCAUGUCCUGGCCUUGGCCAGAGCCACGGGACAAAAGAUAAUUCUCCUAGCUAAUGGUGGCUGGCUGGGAAAAGCAGAAGAGAGUCUGUAAAAUACAUUGAGUUUGGGUGUGGAGGCGGAGUGGGAGGGAGUCAGGGAAUCAUUGAUUUGACCCAUGCCACCUUGGGGACGUGCCUGGGCCUGGACGAGGUCUUUCCUCAUGCCAAGUUACUCGCCCUCUAGCACCACACCAGGAGCUGAAUUUGGCCAAUUGAGCCAAAUCAUUUUAGCUGUGUCCAUUUGCCUCUCAGCUCCACACCCACCUGACAGCCAGGGGAGGCCUGGGGCUGGUCGAAACUAAUGCCACCCACAUGCGCCAUGUUUUUUAAAAUUAUGUUCAACUAAAACAAUCCGGGGGAGGGGAGGGGAGGGGAGGGGAGGAGGUUGGUGAAGGGGGCACCAAUGGCCAAUGACCUCGAUGAGGUGUUGUGGGUUUGACCAUCAAGCCGGAGAGGGGUGGGGGGAAGGGAGGUGAUUCAUUAAUUAAUGAUUGGGUUAAUUAAUGGUCAUUUUGCUUGUAGCUUUUUCAGUGUGUGUUUGAUUACUGUCUCUGGGAAACGUGUUUUGAACAGAUGGCUGGCUCUGUGUUACCAGGAGUGUGUGUAAUUCUAUAGUCUAGUUAGGUGCUCAUUUGAGAAUAACAAAACACUAUACAUAAAUAUAAAUAUAUAUAUAUAUAAUUUUAAGUUUAAAAAAAAUAAAAACAAAACAAUCACCAGGUAGUUGUUCUGCUGGGCUCAAACCCUGCUCAUUCCUCAUCUGAAAAGCUUUUUUCUGCUCAUUUGAAAGGGUUAUUUAUUUUAUUUUAUUUUUAUUUUGUUCCCUUUUUUUUGUACAGAAGAGUUGGAAAACUUUAAAAAAAAGACAAAAAACUUUGUAAAAUAUUGUGUGUGUGAUUCCUUGUAAAAUAUUUUCAAAUUGUUUAUUACAGAGAAUCAGUUAUUAAAUAAUGUUCAUAUUUUCACUUCA